UCUAUUUCCUGUUGGAUUGACACAUCCGCGUUUGUGUUUUUUGAACCAGAGUGAACCAAGAUGGUGUUUACGUCGAGCGACUGUGCGUUGGGUGGUGGCGUUUCAGCGCCCCAACAACCGCACGCUAAUGCCAAGCAGACCGACGACGCAGCACCAGACGCGCCUCGUCGAUCGCUCAACCAGAUUGCUGCGUCCGUUGCUGGUGCUGCGUCGCCCGCAUCUGCCGAGGCCGAGCUGCACAGUCCGCGGUGGGGCAAGGACAAUGCUGGCGCCAAGCUUCUCGCCGCUCAGUACACUCCCGAGAAACGCCGGUUUGAAAUCAUCUCAGUUACGACGUGCGCCUCGCUCACGGCCAUCAACCUCUUGUGUAUCGCGUUCAACUUUUCGUCCGCCAACGCCAUUGGCGUCAUUGUUAGCAUCGUCCUCGGAAUAUUCACGGCCGACUUCCUCUCGGGCCUGGCACACUGGGCUGCCGACACUUGGGGCUCGGUCGAGCUCCCGAUCGUUGGCAAGGCCUUUAUCCGACCCUUCCGGGAGCACCACAUUGAUCCCACGGCCAUCACUCGCCACGACGUCAUUGAAACCAACGGAGACAACUGCUUUGUCACCAUUCCAUUCCACAUUUACAUUGCACUGAGCUUUUGGACCGUCUCCGACAUGGCUGGCGCGGGCCGUGCAGCGUACUUUGCCAACUGCUACCUGUUCGCCAUGUCCAUCUUUGUGACGCUCACCAACCAAAUCCACAAGUGGUCGCACACCUACAAGCCCCCAGGCUGGGUCCAGCUGCUCCAAGACAUGCACAUUAUUCUUCCGCGAAAGCACCACCGCAUCCACCACGUCUCGCCGCACGACACGUACUAUUGCAUCACCACUGGCUGGCUCAACUACCCUCUGGAGAUGAUUGACUUUUGGGUUCGUCUCGAGAAGGCGCUGUGUGCAGUGACUGGUGUUCCGCCACGAGAAGACGACUUGAAGUGGGCCAAGAUGUAAAAACAGUGCCCGUUUGUGUGUCAAGUCUGAUCGGAGCGAUGACUCGGUUUAUUUUUGUUUUCGUUCUAUUCUUUGUUGUGUGGUCGCUGUUUGCAUGGAUUUGGAAUCCAGUGCAGUUUUGGCGGCAUGUUUCUUAACAGCCUUGUUCUCUCUCUCUCUCUCUCUCUCUCUCUCUC